GAGCCAUGGGUUGGGCCACCUGCCCCACGGAAGCGGUCGACUGGGCCGCUACCAAAGCCAGCCCGUCAGAUGGGCCAACGAGCGUCCCAGGGGCCCGGCCCAGCACCGCCCCCGGCUCGUCGCCCCCAACCCUAGGCCGACCAGCGCCCAGAUCCGGCGGAGCCGCCGCAGCUGCAGGCGCCGCCAGCACCGAGCGGGGCUGGUCCGGGGUAGGUUGCAGACGCAGGCCCGCAUCUGCGAAACCCAUGCUGCCCCGCCCCGCACGACCCGGCGAUGCACGCGGCCCCCUGCCCGCGGCGAACACUGGACGUCGUGCGCCACGGCCACCGGGCGCGAAAGCACGCCGGCGCCCGGCCUUGAAGGAGCCCCCCAGCUCCUCCACACGUGCGACAAAGUCGCCGAUGGAGCACGCCGUCUGGCCGCCCUCCAUCGACUCCGCCGUCGCGCCCAGAAGCUCCUCCGCAUCUUCACCUACCGACUCCACGUCGGAAUCCGCCUCGGCCAACGCCCAAAAACGGCUCCCCGACCAGCCAACCACACCCGCGGCGGGGCCGGCCGGACGCCAGGACGCCGCCGUGGCCGCCACCGCCUCCCCGCUCGCUGAGCUCCGAACGCCCGCGCCGGAAACAGGCCCGAGAGCGAGAUCGCCGCCCCCGUCGCCAGAGCCACCCACUCGGGCGGUCCGUACAGGAACCCAACGCAAACCCACUCAAAGGCCUCCGCUCCACUGCACUUGCAUGUCAAGCGACGACGACGUGCCCAUGGCCGACGCCGACGCCGGCGAGGUCCUCGACGCCAUCGCCACGAGCACCCACGCCUUCGACGCGCAGCACCACCCCACCGCCGAGAGCGCCCUGGCCUCCGACGCGCAGCACCACCCCGCUGCCGAGAGCGCCCUGGCAUCCGACGCUCACCACCACCUCGCUGCCGAGAGCGCCCUGGCCUCCGACGCGCACCACCACCUCGCCACCGAGAGCGCCCUGGCCUCCGAUACCCAGCAGCACCCGGCCGCCGUCACGACCACUGCGGCAGCCCAGGAAGCGGUGCCGCCCGAGCUCCACCACCACUUCAUGCACCUGCGCGGGGAUGACGCCACGGGGAGUUUCCUGGCCGCCGCGGUGAAGAGGGCCGAGGACGCCAUCGCCGACGAGUACGACGCGAGGGCGAGGCUCCUGGAGGCCAGGUGUGAGGAGGCGGCCGCGGCGGUGCGGGCGGCGGAGGAGGACAUUAGCUGCCUCAUCGACGAGCUCGCCGAGCUGAGGAUCAUAUCUGACGAGAUCAUACCAGAGUUGAACUGUGAGGAUCCGGAGGAGCAGAAUCAGAGGCUCAGGGCGGAACUGGAUGCCACGACGAAAGAGCUCGAGUGGAAGAUGGAGAAGAUAGCAGAACUGCAGGAGCGGGAGAAGGAGGUCAACACACUGGACAUGGCAGGUGGAGAGAGCAAGCUGGCUGACCAUGAUCUAGUGCUGCAUGAGCUGGAGAAGCAGAACUUCCCUACACAUACGCAGGGGGAUUUGGAGAUCAACAUAUCAGAACAGGGAGAUGGAGAGAGCAAGGUGGCUGAUCAUGCUCUCAUGCUGCAUGAAACCACAAGCAAGAGAUGGAGGCUAUUCAUGCCAAGCUAAUUCAACUUGAGAGGCAACUGGAGCAAAGGGAUAAAGCCCUAGUGCUCAUCGCGCGGCAGCUGAACAUGAAACUACAAGCAGGGGAGAUGCUCGCAGAGGAAGACCAUCAACGUCUUUUUGCAGUAAUGACGUAUGUGAGAAAUAUUCUGGAUGAGGAAGGGAAAAGGAUGAAAAUUCCAUUGCUAGACCUCUUCAAAAGAGAGCAGGCUAACAGCAAAGAGCUCCAAGAGAAUCGCCAAGAGUUGAUUCAGGGUUUUGAGAACAUGCCGAUUAGUGGGGCGCCGUUGUUGGAAUCAAAAGGAUGGGCCAACUUGAUGAGAAUCCUUUUCGCGCCGCAUGCAAUCUGAAAUACAGGGACAAUGAUCCAGAGGGUAAAGCUGCAAGUUUGGUCUCGUAUUGGCAGGAGGAAAUACAGAAGCCAUUAUGGCGUCCGUUUACUAAUACUGAGGUCGAUGAAGAAGAUAAGGAGGUUAUAGAUGACAAUGAUCCAAUACUAAGCAAGCUGCGGUUGGAUUAUGGCGACAGCAUCUGCAAUGCAGUGAAGGAUGCACUGAGAGAGCUCAACGAGUAUAGUCCUCAUGGACGGCAUGUCAUGAAUGAGGUCUGGAACUUCCGGGAGGGGCGGAAAGCAACGAUGACAGAGGUGAUCACCUGCAUUUUGGAGCAGCUGGCAGUGGCAGACCCAGGAUUGCGAGGACAGGAAUUCAAGGUUCCCCCCAAAAAAUGUUCAAAAUCAAUAUAACCGCUAGGUACAGCCGUUUA